AUGUACAUUUAUCAGAGAAUGAGAGAGUCUCCUAUGACUUCGAGAGCCCAAACACGAACAGCCUGUCAGCGCUGCCGAAAGAAACGGUCGAAAUGCGAUGGCAAAACACCGUGUCGGAGGUGCGACGAGGCCCAGCAGACUUGCGAGUACGACCACACACGCCGAGAAUCAAAAGACGAGCUUCGUGCCGAGAAGGACCGCUUGAGCAAGCGCAGCCAUGACACAGACAACGUCCUAGUUGCCUUGGCAUCCAUUCAGGAUGCACAAGUCUGCAAGAGAGUUCUUCAAGCCCUCAUCGACGGCUCCAUGUCUCGGGCUGACGUCUUGAGACGCUUCGGUCAAGAAGUUCAAGAAUCAGAUCCCUCCCCUACCCCUUCAGCUUCUGCCCCAGGCUCUGGCUCUGGUCCGGCCUACAGCCCUGCUUCAAGCCUCCCACCACCACCAAGUUGGCAGUACUACUCGGGCUCCGUCAUCAGCCCUGAUUCCGAGGGCGCAUACCUUGCAUCCCGCCCUCGAGCGAGUUGCUUCGACCAUCUGAUGUCGUGGAGGUCAUCUCGUGCCGUCCCUUUCCCCAACGCUGGCUCGGCAUCUGACCCAGCCUCGGCCAUCUCAGCGCCGUCAACAGUCUUGUCUCUCCCGCCGCUGCCGCUUGACGCAUACGCCUCGCACUCUCGUGUCGACACAUGGACACGCACAGGCUGGACCACGGCGCAUAUACGCCAUCUGGUCGACGUCGUUCUCACCUCUGACUACCUCCCAUUCUGUCUCCUCUGCACCGAUCUUUUCCUGCACGACUUUGAACACGGGUCAAGCCGGUUCUGCUCGCCAGCCCUGGUGCACGCCAUCCUAGCACUGGCCACUUGUCUGGUUAACGAAAACAAUGACAGCAGCGGCCUUCUACCUUCAGGGUGGGUAGGAAGCCAGACUUUCUUCGAAGAGGCCCAGUCGGAUUUUCGCCAAGGAGGGCAGCCAGAUGCGCUUCCUGAUAUCCAGGCGCUCGGGAUCCUCGCCCUCUACCAGUUGCGCUGUGGAAGAGAGGCAGAAGCCCAGGAACUGGCCGAGGUUUGCGUCACGAGCAUCAUGGACCUUUGUCAACGCAUGCCAUUGGAUGGCGAGGAAGAGGAACUACAUGCCCGAGUACGAGCCACCACGUACUGUGGCGCUAUAACCCUAGUCCGGAUUCUUUCCCUGGUAACCGGACGGACAUUGAAUGUACUCAACAACAAAGAUCAAGACGAUCUGAUAUACUUGGAUCAAGUGUCUCGCAGCAGCGGAGGCAAGAGCGAGUGGAGAGGCGCCAUGCGACCCAAGACCAACAUAGACCUCGCCAAAGAAGCCCACAGCGUCGAGUUGCUCCAACUUAUGGCAGCCAAGAUUUUCCAGCUGACCGAGCUGGUCUACAAAAUCUCCACCGCCGCGCGAAAAGACGUCGAAGCUGCCUCGACCGAGAUAGUGAGCACGUAUACUAGUUGUCUCAACUGGUAUAACGACUUCUUCACUCUUUUCGAUUCGGAGAGCGGAAGAACGCCCUUUGUGCUUUUUGUUCAUAUGUUCUACCAUUUCUGUCUCCUCUGCGCGAUCCAGCCGUUCGUCGGCCUCGAAGUCGACUCAGACAUGCGGCCCCACGAGAUCUCCAUGCAGGCCACGCAAUCGAUCCUGGCCCUCGUGCAGUCCUACGACGACCUCUUCACGUUGCGGCGCGUCUCCUGCCUCAUCCCCUACUUCGUCUGCAUCUCGGGCCUCUUCAGCUUGGCCAUGCAGGACAGCGGAUCGCGCGUUGACCCGUCCUACUUGCGGCUCGGGGGCGGAGAAACGCCGCUGAUUGCGAGAAAAGUGCCAGACGACACGGAUGGAAACCCGGCCGAGUCGAAACAAAGCGGCAGCACCGUUCCGCCCGCCACGCCCCUCCGCAUCAAGACCUCGGCCGCGGCCCACGCAUCUCUGCUCCUAGCCAAGAUCAGCUCGACGCAUCCUGCGGCGGCGGCCGCCGACAGGCUGCUUAGGCGCGAAAUUGCUUCGGCGCGGGCGGGUGACAGAUUGCCAACCUAG